AUGACAAAAGGGGGUCAAUCUGUUGAAAAUUCAGUGACCGAAAUGGGUGAUAUCAUAGAAUUGAUGCAGCAAUUGAUUUCGACAAUAGGUUCUUUAGCUGAGGAAGUUGCUCACUUGAAAGGCUUGGAUCAGGCAGUAGGUGAAUUGAAGGAACAAAUGUUAAACUCUGCAAAAAGUAAUGAAGAUGAAGCAAUUGGCCCUAGUGGAGCUAAAUCUAGAUCUAACAGCAAGGAUUCCUCUGAUAAGUAUCAUGUUGAGGAGGAAGGAAAUCGAACAGAUGGUAGGCAGUAUUCCAAAUAUACUCAGAUUUCAUUUCCUAGAUUUUUUGGAAAUGAUUUGAGAUCAUGGCUGUUCAAGGCAGAGCAAUUUUUCCAAAUCGAUCGAGUACCGACUGAAGAAAGAAAUUAUGAUGAUCAUAUGGAGGAAUUGAAAAAGAUUUUCCAGACUGGUAAUGUGAGGGAUUAUCAGACAACUUUUGAAAGGAGUCUUACAAGGGGGAACUUGUCACAGGAAAAUGCAAUCAGUUGUUUCAUAGGAGUGCUGAUGGAGCAACUUAACAUAGCUGUGAAAAUGACUAAUCCCAGAUCACUUGCUCAAGCAUUCAAGGCAGCUAGGAUGCAUGAAGCCUACAUAGAUGCUCAAUCAAAGGAGAUCGUGCAAAGGAUAUCAUUACCUCCAGCUCAAACUACCAAUCUUAAAAGGAAUGUGGAUCAAAGAUUCCAGAACAAGCCAUAUCUGGCCUUACCUGCUCCCAAGAAGGAUCCACCCCCAAACUCUAUUGGAGUAUUUAACAGAAGAAGGCUAAGUGUUGAGGAAGCCAAUGAAAAAAGGGCCAAAAGAUUGUGUUAUUUCUGCAAUGAGAAAUGUGUACGCGGCCAUAAGUGCAAGAACCUUAUGCAGGUUUAUGCAUUAGAAGUGGAAGAACUGCCAAUUACGGAACACUCGGAAGAUGCUGAGAGUUCUGAGGAUUCAGAACAGAUAGUGGAAUUGGCUGAACAAAUAGAAUAUAUAGAGAUUUCAGUUUAUGCAUUGAAUGGAUCUCUGGGGUUCAAAUGCUUGAGGGCUACUGGCUUUAAUGCCAAGAAACCUUUGCACAUUCUCAUAGAUACUGGGAGUACUCACAACUUCAUCAAUUCUGAAUUAGUGCAACAGCUAAGGUAUCCUGUGACAACUACCUGCUCUCAGGUAGUGGCUACUGCAAAUGGUACUGGCAUGAAGGUGGAUAAGGCUUGCAGAUUGUCUUGGCUAUUGCAGGGUGCUGAGUUUGAAGCAAAUUUUAUGUUAUUACCUCUGGCAAACUAUGAUGUGGUAUUAGGUGUGGAAUGGCUAGUUACUCUUGGAGAUAUCAAGAUGAAUUUCAAGAAGCUUACUAUGGAAUUCUUCUACAAGGGAAGAAAACAUAUGCUCAGAGGUGCUGGAAAUCAAAUCAAAUUUGCUAAUGCUGGGAAGAUAGCUAAGUUGUCAGGUAAUCAACCUCAACUUGCAAUGAUUCAGGUUAUUCCAUGUGUAGAAGAUAGGAGUAUGCAGUGGUAUUCUUUGGAGACUAGUAGUGAAAAUGGUAGCAGUAAUCCUGAUUUGACAGCAUUGUUAGAAAAGUAUAAGGAUUUGUUUGAUGAACCUACUGCAUUAUCACCAUCUAGAGAGAUAUUUGAUCACCAAAUUAUUCUUCAAAAUGGAAUAGAACCUAUAAACAAAAGACCUUACAGAUAUCCUGCAGUAAAAAGGGAUAUUAUUGAAGUUUUGGUAGGCAAGAAGGAUGGUACUUGGAGGUUGUGUGUAGACUACAGGGAUCUCAACAAGCAGACUAUCAAGAACAAAUUUCCAAUUGCUAUUGUGGAAGAUUUGUUGGAUGAAUUGGGAGGUUCAGUGGUUUUUUCUAAAAUAGAUCUCAAAUCAGGUUAUCAUCAGCUAAGAAUGGUUGUUGAUGACAUUCCUAAAAUAGCUUUUAGGAUUCAUUCAGGCAUUAUGAGCUAUUACAGAAGGUUUAUUAAGAGUUUUGGCAUCAUUAGCCGACCACUAACUGAUCUCCUAAAGAAAGAAGGCUUCAAAUGGUCACCAGAAGCUACUGAAGCUUUUAAUGAGCUUAAGAAAGCAUUGACUCAAGCUCAUGUUUUAGCUCUACCUGACUUCACUAAAACUUUUGUGGUUGAGACCUAA